GUGCCGCCCGCCUCGCCGCAUCGGCCAGCGAGUGCGGUGCGCUGCGGCGGGAGGGGGCGAGGCCGGACGCGGCAGCUGGCUUCCGGCGGGGCGGCAGCCAUGUCGGACGGGCGGCCGCUGCGGCUGCUGGGCCUGCACGGUUACCGGCAGAGCGAGCGCCGCUUUCGCCAGCGCACAGGCGCUCUGCGCAAGGCCUUGCGUGGCUGCGCGGAGCUGGUGGCGAUCAGCGCGCCGCACCCCGUGCCUGGCGGCGGCGGAGAAGACGACGAUGUGGAUGAUCCUCCCCGCGGCUGGUGGUUCUCUGGGCCCGGUACCUUUGAAGCAGGGGAGGCAGCGGCGGCACCAGCGGGGCUGGAGGAGUCGCUGUCGGCCGUGGCGGCUGCGCUCAAGGAGCACGGGCCUUUUGACGGGCUGCUGGGCUUCAGCCAGGGCGCGGCGCUGGCCGCCAUGGUGUGCGCCCUGCGGGCCCGCGGCGACCCGCGUUUUCCCGUGGCCUUCGCCAUCCUGGUCGCCGGCUUUGCCAGCCGCGCCCCGGCCCACCGCCACUUCUACCAGGAGCCUAUCGCCCUGCCCACGCUGCACGUCGUGGGCGAUGCUGAUGCUGUUAUCGCUGCCUCCCUGAGCAAAGAGCUUGCCCAGCAUUUUGUGGAGCCCGUUGUCCUCUGCCACCCCGGUGGGCACUUCGUCCCUUCUGCAGCACCACAGAAAAAGGCAUACCUGGACUUCUUGGACCGAUUUCGCCCUGCACAGGGAUAGGCCGAGCCCCUCGGGGCUGGGACAGAUUGGUAACAGUCUCUAAUAAGCGGGGCUCCAGCAAACCAUGUACAGUCUGCCACUUUGGUGAAACAUUGCUGCGUGUCCCUGCUGUCCAGAGGGCCCAGAAGUCAGCUCAUGUGCAGCACAGGGCCAGGCUAAAUCGUUCUUUCUUUCUUUGUUAACAGUCUGUUUUCUUUCCGAUUUUGUUACAUGUAUGAAUGUGCAGCUCUGGUGGUGAGGGGUUUGAGGACAGGGGAGUGCCACUCAGCUCUGUGUGGAGUGUUUUCAGAGGCUUGAGUAGCUGUCAGAAUUAGGUCCUUCAAAGGAAACUCCUGCAGAGCACAUAGGUCCUGCAGCUGCAAUGCCCCAAAGGUUUGUGCUUUUUAAGGGCUCUGAUGAAAGCUGUUAAGCCAUCCUUCCACCUGGUCUGGGAUGGAAAAUCCUCUUGUCCAUGGCAGUGCCAAGGCUGCUGUUCUCUUUUGGAACAAAAUGUCUGCUGAUUCAGCAUGUGUUCUGGGAGACUUCUGUGUCUUGCUCUGUACAAACUGCUUUCGUGAACAAGAGAAGAAUUUGUUGCU